CCCAAGCUCAGUUGUCCAUCAGACAUUGUGUGGUGAUGGCUUCUCUGCCGCUCGCUCAGGAAUACUUUAAGAUUGUUAUUUUUUAGUGUUACUGUUGAAACUGGAGAUAUUAAACUUUCUAAAAGACAGUGAUGUAUACGCAAGGUAAACGUUAGGAGUGAUUCGAGAGUAUAUUGCGGAUAUCCUGAGUCAGCUGUAGGAGAGGCAGCAGCUGUUGCUGAGGCUGGCGACGGUCAUCUCCCGGGGGGCAGGAUGAAGACUGGGCGCCAGCAGCCUCGGGCCGCAACAGUCGCCUCGUAGGAAGGAGCCAGCAAACUUGAGACGCUGAAGGUGGACGUGACGCCGAGCUCUGGAGAUGGUGGGUGAGUGAUGCUGGGGGAGAGCAUGGUGGUGAGCGGCGGGGGAGGAGGCGUGAACCUCUUCCGCCCGCGCUCAGCAGACAACCUGGCCCGCCUCGCGCCCGCCUCCUCCCUCCCCGCCCUCGACGACCUCGCAGAGUCUGAAGUCUUCGUUGGGGAUGAGGACGAUGAUAUUGUAUUGAGUGGGGACUUAAGGUAUGGAGAGGAUGCGUACUCUCGGCCUUGCACACUGGAGCAGAUGCUGUCCCACUGUGUGUCGCCUGAUGGUGAGGUAACCUCUCCUGACCUCCUGUCUCCAACUGGUCCCACGCCAACCACCUCCCUAUUGAUCAACUACCAUGAUGAGGCUCUGCGGUUGCCACUUGAUGCCGUGAAGGAGGAGGUGGAGGCUGAAGCUCUCGAGGAAGCUAGUAUGAUCAUGUCUAGUGAGCCUGGAUCUCUCAGUCAUGUUUCUCUCACUUCAUCGAUGAUUUCAAAUAACUCUUUGGAUGAUAGCACAUUGUCCUCCCGCACUGACACCUUUGAUACUGUGGUGGCUGUACCAAUCGGUGAUAAUUCUCCUCCGCCAGAGGCCUCGAGCCCAGUGCUUGUUAAAACCCCGCCUACUCGUCCCUCUAACAGAGAUACGACACGGGUCACUGGAACGCCUACUCGGACAUCUCCCACCUCGCCACGGGGAUCGUCAGGCCGUAGCUCACCCCGCACCUCCACAGACUCACCACGCACUCCAGAAAGGCGACGUAAAACAAGUGGUGUAUCAUCUCCAAGGAGUGACAAUAGUAGGGGAAGCACUCCUAAGGCAUCAGCCAUGCGCUCAACUGCACGUGGGGUAGAUAAAGCCAAAGGCGAAGAAAAGAAAACACAAAGGAGCUCGGGACGCAGUGGUAACACAGUUUCAGAACGAAAACAUUGUACUAGAGCGCAAGAUUCUGUAUCCAAAAGGGACACUGAUAAGUCGUUUGGUCUUAGUCGUACCAGGACGGCUGAUAAAGAUCACAUGGAUGACAAGAGUAGCACUCUGGGACGCAAAAAGAAAACCGAUACCAAAGAUAUUAAGCAUGAUACCGACUCAAAAUAUAAUACCUGUACAAUAGGUCGAAGAAAGAAAGAUGUUAAAGCCGAGAAAGAUGAGGUUGCCGAAAAAUAUGGUACAUUAGGUAGGCGUAAGAAAGCAAAGGAGAGCAGUGACAUUAAAGAUGAAUGCAGGGAUAAACCCUUGUCCAAAGACACUAAAAAUACUCUUGAUAUGUAUGCCACACUCCCAAGGCGAAAAGCCCGCGAAAUAAGUGCCAGAUGGCGAGAACAAAUGGCUGCAGAAGAAGAGGCAUCGAGGCCUUCCUUGAGGCGCACAAAGUCAGUUGGUAAAUCAGAAGCAAACAGCAGUAGUGCUCCUCGGGGACGGACAUCAGUCAUGACGACGAGUCUGCCCGCCCCUGCCUUAGCAAACCUUGGCAGACCACGAAGUCCUCAAGCGGUCCACCGAGAAGCCAAAUCUACGUCAACCUCCACCUUAAAUACACGGAAAGAACGAACAAUUAUAUGCAUGGAAAUUGGCGUUCAAACUUCAUUGACAGGUGGAGAUCUUGUCUCGGCUCUGAGGGCUCUGUCACGGCAAAACUCCCUUGGGACAGAGGAAGACAACGAGGAGGGUCAGGUGGAGACCAGACCUCAUGUUUCAAUCAUAAGAGAGAUAACAACACCAGAAAAUCUGUCGGAUAAAAGACACGUCGAGGUUCAGGUUGAGCUAGCCUGGCGCCUUGGUGAUGGGGAACUCCCAGAACACGUGCGGCGCCUCACCGAGGAGCAUACCAGGCUGCAGACUGAACACGCCCGUGCCAGGUCCCGCCUCGAGGAGAUGGAGAGCAUACGCGAGGAGCUGGAGAAGGUAAAGUCUGCUCUUGAAGAGGAGCGUUCUGAGAAGGAGGAAGUUCAGGGCGAGUUGGACAGGACUUCACAGCGCGUGAAGGAUAUGCUCGUCUCCAUGGAAGGAGUGGAGUAUGAAUUCAAUAGCAGAGGUGACAGUUUGAUGGAGCUGGAAUCUCAACUACAUCAGUCAGCUGAUGUAAAUGUACAAAUGCAAGAAAAGCUCAACCAGUAUGAAGACUACACGUUGAAGAUCAAAAGGGACUUGGACAAGAGCGUUGCAGCCCAGAAGACGCUCCUGCAGCAAGUUCAAGAUUUAGAAAAUGAAGGCCGAGAGAUUGCUGAUUUCAUGGCUGAAGAGAAAAAUGCUCUUGCAGAAUGCUUACGUGAAGCUGAGACUGAGCUUGCAAAAUUAAGAGCAGAAUGCAAGCAGCUGUCAGCAAAGCUAAAGGAAAAAGAUGAAGAAGCAAGGCAUAUGGUGCGGCUAGCAGAAGAAAGGAGGAAUAAGUACAUGAUGCUUCAGUCAGAGUUGAAUUCAAUGCAGUCUCGAACCCGUGACAUGAUGGUGUGUCAAGGGGCUGAAGUGUCCGGUGCAGCAGUGGCUCUAGCUAAUUUGUCCUCACGUUUACAAACUUUGAUUGGCAAGCUCGUACAAGAUUACUCUAUAACGGACUCUGAUAUGGAAAUGAUUGUAACACCAAGUGAGUCUGAUAGUAGUGCAUCCUCUACUAAUGGAACACCGGAGCACAAAUCCCCAUUCAAAGUUUCAGCUAGAACACCUUCUCCUCGAAAAACGGCUUCAUUUAUAACUGCUCUAAUCAAUGCCAUGAGAUUGGGGCCAAAAGUUAAGAUGACUCAAUCAGAGGGUAUAUUGCCAUGUAAUGGCACUAAACAGGAAAUUGAAGGAAGGAAUUCUCCCGAAGGUUCCGAAAGUUAUGAAGUUGUAGAGCAUGAUGGCAAUAGUGGAUCAGGCGGCAGCAAUGUUUCUCUAACAGAUCAAGUGACAGAAGUAGAUAUUCUUCUUACACGAUUCCUUAAAGUGUGUUGUGUGCUGAAGAAUGAUACUGAUAAUCGCCUCGCAGAGAUUGAAGAUGAAAAUGAUCGCCUUUGCAACCAGAUUCGGUCUCAGCAGCAAGUUAUUGACCAGCAACAUUCUGAUUACGAGAACCUAAGUCGCUCAGAGACGAGAGCCAAGCGGGAUCUGAUGGCUACUAAACGCGAUUUGGAAAAUGCAAAUCAGAACCUUAACAAAUUUUUCCAAGCUGAUUAUGAGAUAAAAGUCAAGAAAUUACAAGAUGAAACUGAGCGACUAGGAGCAACGAUACGUCACCUUGAGGUUCUGCACACCGAGAAGGAAAAGCAAUUAGAAGAUUGCCUUGCAUCACUGUCUGCCGCUCAUGGCCCUGCUCCACCUAACCAUGUCUCAGAGGCUGCUCACCAGCUUCAAAUUACAUCUCUAAAUGAUAAGGUUACGUCUCUACGUCAGAGUGUAAUUGAGCGUGACAGACGAAUUAGUGAGCUCAGUGAACGACAUUCACACGAUUUGAAAUCCAUCCAUGAGGCUCAAGUUGAAGCUCAUCGAAGUAAUCGCCGACUUACAACUACCGUUGACCACGUUUUAAAGACUUUGGAGAGUAUCCCGGACGUGGUCGCUAAUAACCUGACCCUCAAGCAACUGUUUGCCACUAUUGCAGCAGCUGAGAAGUCCACCCAUCAGCAGCAACACAAUGGAAACAUUAAUACUCAGAAUGGCUUUGGAAACACAAUUAACAAUAAAGACUUAAAUGCUAAUCCUCAGUCAAUUAUAGAUUCUGGAAUAAACAACAAAAAACUUUUAGCAGCUUUAAACUCUGAAACACACCUCUGAGGUUCUUAAUUAUUAAACAGCAUCUCAUUUAGCUUUAUCCAUUAUAUAUCAGAAUGGAUUCCCGUGUUUUUAUCAGUAAAUGUAACGCGCGAGGCUUAAUCAAUAUAUUGAAUAAAAUUUACUUGUUAUCCCAUGUGAGUGAGUUUUGUUUCACGUGUAUAGUGGCAAUAUGUAUCCAUCUAUAGUCGUAGUUUAGGAUGCUAACAUAAUGGAACAUUUACACAUUCCUCUGCCACAAUGUCCUGAAUGAAGGAAAGUGAUGAUUUGUAGAUUUGAUUUCAACAAACUAUAUUUAUACACUCAAACACCCUGAUACUCAUGUAUAAUGUUGUGCACAUUUCGUCAUAAGUAUAAUAAGUGUACAGUAUGUUUAAACCAAAUGCUGAAAAUGUUUACAACAAGGUUUAGCCAUUUAAUUGUCUUUCCAGUAAUUAUUUUUUUCUUUGCUUUCCAUGUAACACCAAAAGCUUUUUCAUGUUGAUGCUAAGUGACAGCUAGGGAAUCGAAGGCCCAUACAGCUGUCCUUGCUGCAUGGCCAUUAUCAACGUCCAACCACUUAAAUUAUUUAAACAAUAUUCUUUCUCAAGAAUAGAUGCUUUAAAAGUAAUGUGCUUGUUCAGAAUUCUGAUAGUUCCUGUUAUACCUAUUCCAUGGUAAGUACCAGUAUCCUGCCUCUGUAUAUGAGAGGGAACCCAGGUUCCCUCCAUACAAAGUGCAGUUUUCAGCAUUUGUAUGCAAUUCAAUACAAGCUGCAUAAUCAGCCUGUCCUCAUUUGGUUUCCCAAUGUCAAGAAAAUGGUCAAAUUAAAGUGUCGUCUACUAACCUAUCAGAGAAAUAUAUCAAAACAGAAAAGGUACAGUAGGUCACUUUCACGAGCCGCUUCCAUUUUCUAGUACGACAAUUUUUCACCUAAUGUAACACAUACGAGAGAAAUGCGACAUCCUUUGUAAGAGGACAUGGUGAUAUAAUUACAUGUAAAACUCUCUAUGAAACUUUGUAUUCAGCAUAUUUAAAAAGCAUGAAUUAUGACUAAAAUGCAUAAACAAGAAUGUUAGUAUCAUUUUGGCUGCAUCAUAUUAAUGCCCUUGGCAGCAAUUAGUAGCCUGAAAACAUUUAAGAUGUUGCAUGCCCUCAUCUACCAAAAUUUGCUGAGCACCUUUUAUUUAUUAGUUUUGUAAAGAGGAUGAUCUAUGGUAGCCUGGGGCAUACAUGCAAAUCGUGUGUUAUAGUGGCACAACUGUCAACCAAAGUCUUAGUAUAAUCUAGAGAAAAAGCUGAAGCAGGUUAAACAAUUGCUUCAAUAUAUUCUUUGUUAUACAACAAGGACUAAUUUUACUUUUACUGAGCAGUUGUUUUAGGCUGUUUCUGAAUAAAAUUUGAAUGCAUGUUUGGAAGGAACUUCUUUGUCAAAAGUCUUUACCCUUUUGUGAAUAUUUCUUUUUAUUAAUAAAACUAUUCUCACUUUCUUAAUCUGUAAUUAUGUUACAAAUCUUUUUUUAUUACAAAAUCUAUUUUAGAUUGAUUUUUUUUUGUAAAUAAAAUCAAAGUGUGAUUGAAAAAAUUAUCAAAUUUUUUCCUGUGUAGAUUAGUUCUAAUGAUCUCGUUUCGGUUUUGUUUGGCACAGUUGCCAGCCUUGUAUUUUGUACUUAGCAUUUUAAUAAAGAAAUUUAAAUAUA